GGCAUGACAAUUUCGACGUUGACAUCACCAAGCCGCGAGACGAACUACCGACGGUGAGGCUGCACACACGUCUGCUCAACAUCAUGUUGCUCCCACGGCUCAGUUCUUCUGUCAUUGGCGGUAGUCGAGCGCUCGUACCUCUGGUUCCUGCCAAGGGCUGGGCACCUAGACGUCUGUACGGUUCUAGAGGCCUGCCAUGUUUCCCACUCGCGCGCUACGCCAUUCGCCAUUCGCCCUCGUUUACCUCACAUUGUCGAAACUAUUCCCACCAGAAAGACCCACGUGAACCAAGCCCAAAGACGCCAGAACCUAUCCACCCAGCUGCCACUGUCUCAGCACCGAGGCCGAGUCUGUCCAAGACACUACACGAGGACAUCUACACCAUUCCGAACCUUCUGACGCUAUCACGUCUCGCCGCCGCGCCCUUUGUCGGCUAUUUCAUACUGCAGGACAACCAUGCGUGGGCACUCGGUCUUCUCGCCUACUCCGGAGUAACUGACCUGCUCGAUGGAUGGAUUGCACGCCGCUGGAACCUGACCACAGUCGUGGGCACCAUCAUCGAUCCACUGGCAGACAAGACUCUCAUGGCUAUAUUGACUGUUUCAUUGGCCGUGCAAGGCUCGCUACCAGUCUGGCUUGCCGUCAUCAUCCUAGGUCGUGAUGUCGGCCUAGCUAUUGCGGCCAUUUAUUAUCGUUGGGUCUCUUUACCGCCUCCGAAAACAUUCACCCGGUACUGGGACUUCUCGCUGCCCUCGGCCGAAGUACACCCCACUGCGAUCAGCAAGUACAACACGUUCUUGCAGCUGGCUUUGAUCGGUCUCACAACAGCGGCUCCUGUCAUUGCCCAUGACAUCUCGGUGCCCUUGACUGCCAUGCAGUAUAUCGUAGCCACCACGACGAUUUGGAGUGGCGCAAGCUACAUCUACACCAAAGAUGCGGUCAAAAUAUUGAACGCGCCUAAGCCGUGAACACGGCAGUUGCCAGAUCUAAGCUCCCGCUUGCUUUCUCGGCCUCAGACAGCCCGUUAGAAUGUCUGAAGAAAGCUUUCUCGGGUUCUAUUAUACGAUUGCAAGCCGGGUAAGUUGGCUCGAGGAUGCUCCGUGUCCAACAACAGCGCAGACACCAGCAUGGUCUAAUAAUACAAACUGCGCCUGCCGGUUGAUGCGGCGCAUCUCUAGCAGGAUACUGCAAGGCCCAGCCUCAAGGCGUGCCUGACAGCUAAUGUAUAGUAAUGUUAUAAUACAAGGCAGGGAUGACAAUGACAAGGCACCCUGCUGGCCUCAGAGACUGUGUUACAGCUAUCCUACUCAAGCCUGUGAAAACAAUGGCGUGCUUCUGCAGUAUCGUCGGGCAAACGAGUGGCAUUCAAGCAUUCAAGGAAGACUUGAAUCUUCUCCUGUAGCUACGCCCUGGCUUUGUGCCAACAUAAAUCCCCGGUCCGAUGUCGAGGUCGACCUGGCUUUACUUUGACGCUGGAUAAAGCUAAGAAGGCGAAUACAGCCUGAGGGCGUGAUGCCCUCGAGCCGUCGAGCUUGGGCGAGUGUUUCUGGUUUUGUUGCCUUGAGAAUCUGCUUUUCGUGCAUGGCAAGCCCGGCGACCUUGUCGUAAUCAAGAUUUGCUGGUAGGCGGAGUGAUUCAUCCCUGGUAAAGUUCCGUCGCUCUGACGUCUGCCUUGCAAUCAUCGGGGCGUAUAAAGCCUCGAUUGCAACCCGGGAUUUGAUUCGCUCAGGGAAAUGCUGCACAUUUGGCAGCACAGUCGCGAUCUCGUCCAUGGUGACGUUGGGUAGCCGUAGCAUCUCGCAGGCGUCACGACGCUGACUAUUUUCCUUCACCAGGAAGCCGUGUCUCAUCCACUCCUGUGGUGACUUGACCGCAGACUCCAGAAGAAAGUAGAGUUCAUCCACCUGCAUCUUUUCGUCUGAGAAAGCCCUCCACCUAGCGUCCGAUACGACGCCCC